AUGAAUCCGGCCCAGCGGUACCACAAGGUGAUCGCUAAUCUGCCGGCGCAUGAUGUUUCCACUCGCGGCUGGAACAUUCCUUCGGAAUUUGUUUUGGCUGACCCGCAGUUCGAUAAAUCAGCCCCGAUUGAUCUUAUCCUUGGUGCCCGUCAUUACGCUUCCUUCUUUACGAACGUAAAAUCGCACGAGCUUGCUCCGAACAUUCCAACUAUGCUGAACAGCGUGUUUGGGUGGGUCAUGAUUGGUCCCACCUCUCCUCAGAAUCCUGCAUCUCCGACCGAUUGCACCGCCGCGUCCACAAUCGUCUGCAUGGCAUCCCUGGAGGAGUCUCUCGAACGCUUUUGGAAGCUGGAAGAGUUAAGCGUCAAUGAUUCGUACUCACCUGAUGAGCGGCGAUGCGAAAUAUUGUAUAAAGAAACCACUCAGCGCGACGAGUCGGGUCGCUAUAUUGUACGAUUGCCCAAACAGACCGACUUCACGGAAAAGCUUGGCCUGUCUAAAACUACUGCUUUGAGACGCUUCGAGCUGCUGGAGAGGAGGCUAGAACGCAACCCACAGCUCAAGGAAGACUAUCAUGCCUUCAUGAAGGAGUAUUUGGAGCUGGAGGAGACAUCAGAUGAUGAAGGGACUGAGUAUGCGCUUGCACGUGCAGCCCUGAAACGAAACUUUUACGUGGACGACUUCAUUGGUGGUGCCAAUAACGUUCGCGAAGCUGUUCAGCUGCGUAAGGAGUUAUCAGCGCUACUUGCCAAAGGUGGGUUUGAGUUGCGCAAGUGGACCUCAAACAAUCUGAGCGUGCUCUCCGGCUUAAGCACCGAGUAUAUCGGCACACACUCAUCGCUGCAUUUUUUACCCAACGAGACGGUCAAAGCACUCGGCAUCUCGUGGAAGCCUGAAUCGGAUGAGCUGUGUUUUGAAUCCAACACUGAGGCUGAUGAAGCCACGUCCACCAAGCGAUCUAUUUUGUCGAGCAUUGCCAAAAUGUACGAUACGCUCGGAUUGAUAGCACCGAUGAUCGUGCGUGCUAAGAUGCUGAUGCAGGAGCUAUGGUUACUCAAAUCCGGCUGGGAUGAACCUGUUCCUAAUCACAUCUGUAAAAAAUGGAAGGCGAUUCAGAGCGACUGGAAAAAGUUAUCCGAGUACAGGACUAACCGUUACGCUCUCUUACCAGAUACAACAGUAGAAUUUCACACAUUUACCGAUGCUUCGGAGGCCGCCUACGGAGCAUGUAUCUACGCUCGUUGUGAAAACGCGGCGGGAGAAGUCCGCAUCAGCCUAUUAGCUUCGAAGUCUCGAGUGGCACCACUGAAGCGCGUCACGUUGCCGAGGCUUGAACUAAGCGCAACUGUCCUGGGCGCCCAUCUGCAUCAUCGCGUCAAGGAGGCAAUGCAGAUCGUGUGCGCCGAAUCGUUUUUCUGGUCCGACUCAACAUUGACGCUAAAAUGGAUUGCGUCACCUCCCAACUCCUGGAAGACGUUCGUGGCAAAUCGAGUAGCUGAGGUGCAAUACUACUCUCAUCCAAGGCAAUGGAGGCACGUUCCUGGCACAUCCAAUCCUGCUGACUUGGUUUCCCGAGGCAUGUCGGCAGCACACUUCACGCAGAAUCAGCUUUGGAAUAACGGUCCAGAUUGGCAUGUGCUACCUUCGUCCCAUUGGCCCAGCUCAGAUCCAGAACCAAGCGAUGAGGCGGACCUAGAAACACGCCAGGUGAGUGCCGCUUUAGUUUGUACACCAACUCAUCCAUGGUUUGGCAUUUCUUCAUCCUUCACCAGAAUGGUACGCAUCAUUGCAUACUGCAUACGGUUUGUGCGCAACACCAAGCAGAAGGCGCGAUCCCAGCGACCGAUACCGCACACCAAUGCAUCUAAGACGAUCACGCCCGAGUACGUGGAUGCUGCAAAAACUGUGCUUUGCCGAAUAGCCCAGCAUGAUGCAUUUUCCGCGGAAAUCAAGCAGCUAAAAAAGGGAGAAGCAUUGAUGAAACAAUCACCUUUACGAAAACUUACCCCAUUCCUGGAUACAGAGGAAGUAAUACGGGUGGGAGGACGAUUGAACUUGUCGCAACUACCGUAUCAGUCCAAGCAUCCAGCUGUUCUACCGAAGAACCACAAAUUCACCCGUCUGCUUGCGGAAGAUUACCACGAAGAGCUGAAACAUGCUAGUGGAAGGCUAUUGCUAUCUCGCAUUAGAGAGCUGUAUUGGCCACUGGACGGACGUCGCUUGGUGAAAAGCAUCUCAAGGAACUGCUUCCGCUGUGUUCGGCAAGAUCCCGCACUCGCACAGCAGCCGGUUGGCCAGCUUCCACCAUCCCGCAUCACACCGAGCCGACCGUUUUCUGUAACCGGAGUGGACUACGCCGGUCCAUUCUAUUUGAAGCCAGCGCACCGGAAGGCAGCAGCUACUAAGAGCUAUCUGUGCGUUUUCGUGUGUUUCGCUACGAAAGCUGUGCAUUUGUAA